AUGUUCCCACCAGGCCUCAUGCCACAACACUGUGCCCACUUCGAAGACAGAGACAUAGUUAGACUAGGACACCUCUAUCCCAACGGCAAGCUCCUACAAUACACGAAAAUCCCCAACCCUGAAUCCCUAACCACCUACGACUACUUCCGAUACCUCCAACUCCGAAGCUUCGCAGCAAUGGACACGGUUCGCACGGCAGCCACCUCGACCCUGACUGGGUUCGAGAGGGACACCCUCCGCUCACUCGCCAGAAAGAGCCAAAUAUCAAACCUAUACAUAGCAUUAACCACACACCACACUCAGGUGGCCCUCCCAUACAUCGCAGCAUGGGAGGAUGACCUGGGACCAUGGGCGUAG